AUGGGCGACCCCAACGCAAAGCUCUACGUUUGUCUCGUCUGUGCGGUGUUGGUCAUAGGCGUGGCGUUUGUGGUGGCCUACUUUCUAAGCGCAUCGCCACCAGUCGAAUUUCACCGGCUGAUAAGACCACGGGAAGUGACGGCCAUGACGAGCCUGGGAGCGGUGACUGGUCUGCGCGUCUCUGUGCUCAACAGAGACGUGGCCGUGUUCUACGGCGUUCCGUACGCGGACGCUCCUAUGGGCACGGAUCGUUUCUCGGCGCCGUCUCCCGGCACACCGUGGAGCGGCUACCGCGACGCCUCCGAGAGGGUGCGCGACCGCUGCUUGCAGCCCACCCUGUCCUCGCUGGUCGACGACAAUGCGCAGGGAUACGUCGGCGCCGAGAACUGCCUUCACAUGAACGUGUACGCGCCGGACGGAGCCACGAACAGGUCUGUGAUGGUGAUCCUGCACGGCGGCGAGUUCCAGCGAGGCUCGAACGACGACCCCAUGUAUGACGCCCGCUUCAUGGCAGCCGCAGAGGACGUCGUAGUGUUCGUUCCCAACUACAGGCUCAACGUAUUCGGCUUCCUAGCGACGCCCUUCUUCGGCGUGCCAGGGAACCAGGGCCUACGCGACCAGCACGCGGCGCUCGAGUGGGUCUCGCAGAACGCCGCUGCUUUCGGCGGCAACGCCGCCUCCGUCACGUUGGUCGGAGUGGACAGCGGCGCCGUUAGCGCGGGCCUGCACCUCCUGAUGCCGGAUAGUCGCCGGUUGUUCCAUCGCGUCAUCAUGCAAGGUGGAAGCCCGUUCGAGGCGGCCGAGCGAGCGCCUUUCGCGGGAGCGCAGGAGAUACGGGAGUACGCGGCUGCAGUCUGCGCUCAUAGAAGGACAACUCCCACCGAGAACCCUCUUGCCAACGUGACGAUUCACGGGAACGACACGGCCGAUGACGAUGACGACACACGUUCGAUUAUCGAGUGCCUGCGAGCGGCCUCGCCGUUCGCUCUCCUCCACGAGGUCGAACCGUUCGACGGCGUUAACGAGAAACAAUUCGGCCCCGUGUACGAGCCUUGGGGCAAGGAGUCCGUGCUCGUGGCCGGCAUGCCAGCGGCCGCGGCAGAAGGCCCGGGAAAGAUGGACCCCGCGCAAGAGCUGCUGCCGCCGAUGAACGGGAUCCAGCUUCUGAUCGGACACACGGCCAACGAAGGCGAAUACUUCCUCGCCCAGUUCUUCAAAGACUGGUCCCUGGCUCAAGUCGGCCACUGGCCCGAGGGUUUCGUUCGCAUCUUUGCCGAGCGCCUGGUACUGCACUUCUUCACCAGACCGAGCUUGGGACCCGCUUGGAGGCUUUACUUUAGCGGCAGCGGCUACUCGAACGUGGACCGCUACGCCCAGGCGGCCGACUUUCUCGGCGAUGCCAAGGUCGCGUGCCCUUCCGGGUUCAUGGCAGACCUCGUGACGCGGCGCGGGGGCACCGUGUACCGGUACGUUCUCAGAGCCACAGCAAACGACGUGCUUCCUCAGAGCGAGGGCAACGACACGGUACGCGUCGAAGGCGAGCACCCGAUUAACAGCACCGAGUUCUACUACCACAACCCGACGCACUACUUCGACGCCUUAUUGACGCUGGGUGGCGCGCAGGCGCUCGGUCAGAAGCUGCCCAAGAAAGUGCUGACCCAGAGCUGGAACCUGAUGAGCAGGUGGGCGGCGUUCGCCAAGACUGGGUCUCCGAAUAGCGGGACCGGUGAGCCGUGGCCCAGAUAUGACGCGAAGACCAGAUACCUGCUUCGCUUCACCAUGAACGACGUCACGGCCGUGAGGAUUGAAGACGACGCUAAUUGCAAUUUUAUGAUGGGGCACAGUCGCUGGCGCGAGCUGGCCAAGGCAGGUUGA